AUGGCCCGGGUGAACAGUAAUGGGCUCGGCACGGGCGAGGGCACGACGGGUGCGCUGGCCGGUAGUUUCGGCACGGCGCUCAGCCACGGCUGGGCACACGGCCCGACGCUCGGCCACAGGCAGGGACAGCAGCUGUCCGGCCAAGGCGACGGCGGCGACGGCGGCUUAGGAGGGGGAAGCUGGGUGGUUGCGGCGAGCUACGGCGGUGGGUUGAGCGACGGCGGCGGCGAAGAGCUCGGCCAUAACAGGGAGAGGCCGGGGAAGAGAAAAACAGAGGGAGGGGAGGUUGCACGGUGGUCGGGGCGGCACGGCAAGCGGCGGCUUGGCGACAUAGAACCGGCUGAUGAGUGGCUGAGCAGCACCAAGCGAGCUGCCGGCGCGAAUUUAAAAUUGAUAGAUCAAAUCCAACGCUUAGGAAUUGCCUACCAUCUUGAAAUUGAGAUAGAUGAGCAGCUGGAACAAAUCCAUAGAAGCUAUUUCAGAUUUCACUACGGCGAUGAUGACGACCUGCACACGGUCGCUCUUCUCAUUCGAUUGUUGCGGCAACAAGGUUACACAAUUUCAAGUGAAAUCUUUAACAAGUUCAAGGACAGUAAAGGGAAUUUCAGCAAAUCACUCAUUGCCGGCGUGCAGGGACUACUAAGUCUAUUUGAAGCUUGCCAUCUAGGGUUUCCUGGCAAUGACAAAUUGAAUGAUGCAUUUGCUUUUACUAUAACUCACCUUGAAUCAAUUGAUAAAGGAAAAGCGAGCCCUAAUCUCAAAAAACAAGUUAGACAUGCCCUAAACCAACCAAUCCAUGAGGGAAUACCAAGGCUAGAGGUGAGGCGUUACAUUCCACUUUACCAAGAGGAGCCUUCGCAUAAUGACGUCCUGCUAUCCUUGGCUAAACUCGAUUUCAACUCAUUGCAAGAGCAACACAUUGAUUCAUCCAAUUACAAUUUAUCCGGAGCUAAAUAUCAUUUGUGGUGGAAGGAUUCAGAUGUAGAAAGGAAGUUCCCAUUUGCCAGAGAUAGGCUUGUGGAGAUGUAUCUCUGGAUGUCAGGAGUUUAUUUCGAGCCUGAGUAUGAAGCCGCUAGGGAAAUACUAACUAAAGUGGCCUAUGUGGUUUCCAUUAUCGAGACAUCUAUGAUGUCUAUGGCACAUCGGAAGAAUUGGAACUCUGUGAUAUCUUCUGAACUUGACCUGAGGUGGGACGUCGAUGCCAAAGAUGGAUUGCCAGGGUAUAUGCAAGUGUGUUACAAGAUACUUUUUGAUUUGUAUGAUGAAAUUGGCUAUGAGAUGAAAAACCAAGUGAGAGCAUACUUCGCCGAAGCCAAAUGGUUCCACCAAAACCAUGUACCGACAAUGGAGGAGUACAUGCCCCUUGCAUUAGCAACCUUUGCUGUUGAAUUGCUAUUGGUGACGUUGUUGCUAGGAAUGGGAGAUAUCGUAACAAAAGGUGCUUUUGACUGGUUGUUAUUCGGCGACCCCAAGAUGGUGGAGGUUGUGAAAUUAGUCGGUCGGCUCAUGGGUGACAAUGCCGGACACAAGUUUGAGCAAGAGAGAGGUCAUGGGGCAUCUUCAGUGGAGUGUUUCAUGAAACAGUACGGAGUUAUGGAGGAAGAGGCUAAGGAGGAGCUCCAUAAACAAGUGGCCGAUGGGUGGACGGACAUUAACGAAGAGAUGCACCGUCCGAUCAUCAUCCUUGGGCAACUCCUCAAGCGAAUUCUCAAUUUUACACGAUCCAUGCAUGUGGUGUAUAAAGAGGAGAUAGACCUCUACACUCAUGCUGGAACCAAGUUAAAAGAGCAUGUCAAAUUCUCUGCACGUCGACCCAUUGCCAGUGUGAUGGUUUGGAAGAACAAGUUUCUCUGGCCUGAGAGCCCCCUUUUAUCUGUGGAUUUCGAAUGAAAUAAAUUAAGGAGUCUGUA